AUGGAUGAGGAGAUGAAAAGAAGAAUAGUAGAAGUAGCUAGGAAAAGUGACAGAAUUAUGGUCGUAAAAUUGAUAUUCGAAGAAAAAGUGCUGAAUGUAAUAAGUGCCUAUGCACCACAAGUGGAAUGUGAUGAAAUAGACAUGGAAGUGUUUUGUAGAGAGAUGGAUGAGGAGAUGCAAGGGGUACCUGGCAAUGAGGAUGUGGUAAUAGGUGGAGAUAUGAAUGGACAUAUAGGUAAUGAGAGGAGAGGAUAUGAAAGAGUACAUGGAGGGUAUGGUUUUAGUGGAAAGAAUGAGGCUGGAGAAAGAAUACUGGAUUUCGCAGUAUCGCAAGAUCUUGCUAUCCGGUGGUGGAAAUUGAAAGGGGAUAAUGAAGAAGAGUUUGUAAAGACGGUGUGGAAUGUCGAGGGAGACAUAAAUUAUGUGUGGAAUAGAUUUGCUAGUUAUGUAACGAAUACUGCAAAAGAGAUUGUUGGUGAUAGUAGGAGUAGAAUGCCAGAAAACAAGGAAACCUGA